GCUCUAGUCAGCUGGCUUGCCAAAACUGGCUAUUGAUAGUGAAGGAACAGCAAGAAAAGUUUCAACAGAGAAGUUCUGCAUCAAGCCUAACUUAUUGAAUUUACUCUUCUUUUUGAUCAUUUUACAUUUUAAAUUGUCAUCUAGUUCUUUAAUUCGAUUUCUGUAAAUCCAAAAUGGCUUUUUUAAACACUUUCAGACAAUUAAACUCGAAGACUGCUAGUCUCCGUCAACUACUUGUUGGACCUACUAAACGAACUAUGGCAACAAAUCAAUUCAACCAUCCAGUGUCUAUAGCUAUCACUGAAGACGAAGCAUCAAUUCAAUCAAUGAUAAAUAAAAUGUGCCAAGACAUUGUUGCUCCUAGGACACAAAGAAUGGAUGAAGUUGCCAAGCUGGAUAAAGAAGUUAUUGAUGCUUUGUUCAAAAAUGGAUUAAUGGGAGUUGAUGUUGAUCAAAAAUAUGGAGGCACUGGUGCAAGUUUCUUAGCUACUAUUUUGGCUGUGGAAGAGUUAGCUAAAUUUGAUCCCUCAGUUAGUAUAAUCAUGGACGUCCAGAAUACUUUGUGCAUAUCUACGUUCAAGAAAUAUGCUUCUGAGGAACAAAAACAAAAAUAUUUACCCAGAUUAUGUAAAGAUACGAUAGCCUCAUUUGCCCUCUCAGAACCAGAAUCAGGUUCUGACGCAUUUGCCCUGAAAACUAGAGCCGAAGAUAAAGGAGAUCACUUUGUGAUCAAUGGUGGUAAAUGUUGGAUUACUAAUGCUGGAGAAGCCGAAGUAUUUCUGGUUUUUGCAAAUGUUGAUCCAAGCAAAGGUUACAAAGGCAUAUCUUGUUUUAUCCUUGAAAGAGGAAUGCCUGGUUUCACUAUUGGUAAACCUGAAAACAAAUUGGGUAUCAGAGCUUCAUCAACUUGUUCGUUAUCAUUCGAAGAUGUCAAAGUUCCUAAAGAAAAUGUCGUUGGUCAAAUUGGUCAUGGUUAUAAAUAUGCAAUCGGUAUUUUGAAUGAAGGCAGAAUCGGAAUUGGAGCUCAAAUGAUUGGCUUAGCUCAAGGGUGUUUUGAUUACUCUGUCAAGUAUUCAUUGGAAAGAAAACAAUUUGGUCAACCUAUCUUUGAAUUUCAAGGAAUGCAACAUCAAAUCUCUGUUGUAGCUUCACAAUUACGUGCGGCCAGACUAUUGGUGUAUGAUGCUGCUCGGGCUCGUGAAGCUGGUGCUGAUGUCGUCUUAGAAGGUGCCAUUGCUAAAUAUUAUGCUUCUGAAGUUGCUACAGCAACAACAAGCAAAUGCAUUGAAUGGAUGGGUGGUGUUGGUUUCACCAAGGAUUAUCCAAUUGAAAAAUAUUAUCGAGAUUGUAAAAUAGGAUGCAUUUAUGAAGGUACAACUAAUAUUCAAUUGAACACGAUUGCCAAAUUAAUUAAACCUUUCUACGCACAAUAGAAUCUCAACGUGAUAUGUAAUUCCAAGAAAGUGACCAAUCUGUAUCUUUUUCUAAUAUAUGCCUACAAACUUGAUAUUUAAUAUUAUUUCAAUAAAGGGGAUCAUCUUUUUCCAUCA